AUGCAGGUUGGAGGAGGUCAGAUCCUCACCAUGCAGGUUGGAGGAGGUCAGAUCCUCACCUGGCUGUCACACAGUGUCCCUCCCCUGCAGCCAAGGGCAGAGCUGAGCUCGGGRUGCAGCCUGGACACCCUGGAUGUGACUCUGCUUGACUCAGCCACCACCACCCUGCAGCUCCUCCACCACAAAAAUGAGGCCAGACUGCUUUGGAUCCUGGAUUUCCGGAGGGUUCCACCCACCGUGGGGAGGCUGAUCAAUGUCACCAARGAGAUCCUGGAGGUCACCAAGAACGAGGUCCUGCAGAGCGUGUUCUUCGUGUCACCAGCCAGCAACGUCUGCUUCUUCGCCAAGUGCCCGUACAUGUGCAAGACGGAGUACGCUGUUUGUGGGAAUCCUCACCUGCUGGAGGGCUCCCUGUCUGCCUUCCUGCCAUCCCUCAACCUGGCCCCACGGCUCUCCAUCCCCAACCCCUGGAUCCGCUCCUACUCCUUCCAUGGAAAAGAGGAGUGGGAAGUGAAUCCGUUCUACUGCAACACAGUGAGGGAGAUCUACCCCUACAACAACAGCAACCGACUGCUCAACAUCGUGGACAUGGCCAUAUUCGACUUCCUUAUGGGGAACAUGGACCGGCACCACUACGAGAUGUUCACCAAGUUUGGGGACGAUGGCUUCCUGCUGCACCUGGACAAUGCCAGAGGGUUCGGGAGGCAUUCCCACGAUGAAAUCUCCAUCCUGGCUCCRCUCUCCCAGUGCUGCACAAUAAAGAGGACGACGUUACUGCGACUGCAGCUCUUGGCAGAGCCCGAGUACCGGCUCAGYGAUGUGAUGAGGGAAUCCCUCCAGCACGACCCCCUGGCCCCUGUGCUGACAGAACCCCAUCUCCUGGCCCUGGACCGGCGGCUGCAGCUCAUCCUGGAAGCUGUGGGGAGAUGCAUCGACACCUUUGGAGAAGCCACGGUGGUGGCCAACGACACAGCACAGAGAUUUGUGUGGCACAGAGCCAAGGUGGACACUUGAGGGGUGCUGAGCUCCUGCUCUGAGCCAGGGACAGCCCUGCCAGGCAAGUGACAGCUCCAGGAACCGGCCAUCCCCAUCUGCACAGACCCAGAGGGGAAACUUCACCAGAUCAUCAGGAAUCACCCUGGGUUCUGGUGCUUCUGUGCUCACCCCAUGUGCUGGUGUGGCCACAGCUGAUCUUUGCAGCCCAAACACCACUCUGGGCUGCAAAAGCUCCAGAUCUCAAUCUCCAGAUGGACAAUUUCCAGAURUGGAGCUGGCUGUGCCCUUGGGAGGGUGGGGGAACAUCUGGCUUUGGCUGCCCAACCUCCACUGGAGCUUGCUGAGAAGGACACAAACUCAGCACAAGGACAAGGGGUGAAUAAAGAGAUGCCAAGGGCGUUUUACUCUUAGAAAGGCUUUGUUCUGGAAUCACAAAUGUGUGUGUUUGAGGAAAGAGCAGUCCUGCUUCCUCAGGGCAGGACAGGACAUUGAUCCACCUUUAUCCGAUCAGCAUCAGCCUGUGCACGUCACACUGAGCUCACAGGGCAGURAAACAAUUUCUCUUACCUGCCUGAAGAGCCAGUUUGGGUUACAGAAAACAGGCAGAACCUCUGUUCUAUAGAAUAGAACCUAUUCUGUAUUGCCCUAGAACCCAAGGAAAAARCCCCAAACCAAAAAAAACAAAAA